AUGGAAAACACACCUCCAAGCAGCAAACCACCCUCCUCUUCUACAAAGACAGAAGCGAAGAUGGAGACAGAGAGUCACAGAUUAUCCAAAGAGUACCAUGAUUGCCUUCUCGCCGCCAAAAAACCCGAUGACCCUACAACAAUUGCUGAUCUUGGAUGGCACAGGCCACCCGCCGAGUUUGAGGAGCCUAUAGUCGCAGGGCUGUCGAACGACGAUCUGUGGAUGCUGAUCAGGCGCUUUGACAGACAAAUCUACAAUGUCAGAGCCUUGCCAGAGGCACCUCCCCAAGACCUCGAUCUGAUUCGGGCAGCAGAAGAAGAGUUCUCACCAGACAAGCUCCGAUCAACUCUUGAGCGCUUCUACAUGACUGUCGUGAUUAGUUUGGCAAACUUUGUCAAACACUGUGCUCGCUUGCGCUCAUGGAAAGAGCCGCAACGAACUGGACUUUUCUGCGCUGUUUAUUGCAUCGCGUGGCUUCGAGACGGACUCAUUCCAACUUUCUUCGCCCUUUUACUUGCAUUGAUUCUCUCGCCAGCUUGUCGCAAGGCUCUUUUCCCCCCCGCUCCCAUUGCUUUGGUAGACAAAAGCACCGGAGGGGUCCAAAAGCCCAAGGCAGGUGUCUUGGGAUCCCACGAUAGCAUUACAGGUGCACCUGAGAACUUCAAAGGCGAGGCGGUGGAGAACGAGGCUAGCAAUCUUGUAGCCGGCGUUGCCAGCGUUGCUGUUGGAAGCGCCAUCGGCAAGGAUGAGCAAGCCAAACCAGAUGAUGAUACUUUGGAGGAGAAAGUCCCCGACCCUACGGCCAUUGUCGACAGGGGUGCUGACGCACAAAAUGCUGCAAAUGGCGAGUCACCUACAGACUCCGCCGACAAGACUCGACAACCUAUGAAAAAAUCUGUCAUGGAAACUGCGAAUUGGUUGAUGAAUAUCAUCAAUGACAUCAGCGAUACCCAUGAGAAAUUCGGGAAUGCUUUGUCCGGGACACCCCCGUUUUCACAGCAACUGGCCCGUCUACGCCUGGCGAGUGUUGUUUUCCCGCUAUGGCUCGUUUCCAUGUUCACGCCAAGCUACGUUAUGAUCAAGAUCUCCGGGCUUUUGACAGGCUUCAUUAUCUUUGGAGACCCGGUGGUAGUUCGCGGCAUUGCAUACUUGAACCGCUAUUACCCAAAUUGGCCCGAACUCCUUCAACUCGGAAAUACACUCCUCAAGGGAAUUCCAACCAAUGCGCAGUUGACCUUGACUCUUCUCCGUAUUGGCGAGGCUAACUUGUCGCCGCUGCCCCCUCCGCCUGCCGCUGGAGAAAACCCUCCCUCUAGACCAGCCUCGCUCCAUAAAGAAGAGCUUAGCCUUGGCGCCUCUCACAGUGAGAUCGAGGAAGCAGCACUCAAGAAGGACAAGCACCCUGCGACACCACCAGAGCCCUCAAACACGCACAAAAAGACAUGGACGAGCAGUAUCAUUGCCAUAUUCCGAGGGACAACAGCCGGGGGAAUCGAAAGUAAACGAGCUUUCGAUCGGGUCCGCGCAGUGGCUGGCAGUUCUCGUGCUGCCAACAGAACAGGUGUUUUGCGCACGAAAGGCAAAAUGGAUCCACACGUUGGGCCCGUGGAGUUCGAGGGCCGAUACAAGGGGAAGCGCGGCGUUGCUGUGAUCGACACAAGUAAAGAGCCGCCGGUCCUCUACUUUACUACGGAUAAGAAAGAAGAUAAUCUCCAGGUGGAGAGCCGGAAGAGUAGUUCCGUGCUAUUUACAAUUCCAGUGACAGAAAUUCAAGCUUUGAAGAAGCAAGGGGGUAUGGGCUGGAAAGGGAAGCUUGUUGUGGGAUGGGCAAUGGGAAGUAAAGAGGUUGUGGAUGGACUACUCAUCGAAGGGAAGGAUCCUAAGCACCGUUACCAGUUAACAGCUAUGGGGACAAGGGACCAGCUAUUCAACCGCCUGAUUGCUAUGGAUGGACAGAUGUGGGAACGCUGUUGA